AUAAAGCUAUGGUUUAUUCCUCAUUCGUACACAGACAAAUAGACCUAUUAAAAUUGCUAGUUUCAGUUAAUCGGAUUCGGCCGUCAAAAUGAUGAAGGCUACUUGGAUUAGAAAUGCAAUGGUGCUAUUGCUGCUUACUUUUUCGACCACAGAAGCGGGACCACUAACGUCCGCUGCUUGUAUCUGCGGUUGCACCGCAGUGGUCUCCGCUUGCUACGCAGCGGCCGGUUUUACCUUUGGUACCGUUCCUGGUUCCGUAAUCGCAGCAGUUCCGGCCCUAGCCACAUGCAACGCCGCAUUCCUGGCGUGCAAGGCAACCUGCAUUGCCGCUUUGGCUAUACCUUUCCCGUAAACUGUGCUCUAACGGUUUUACUGUAUACCCGACCUUAAAAAUGUUGAUUAUGCUUUUGUAGUAAAUAAAUUAGUCGAGCAUCUAAAUAAGGCAGUUUGAUUUAUUUGUGAAUCGAAUCAAAGACGUCAAAAGCGGCAGUGACAGAUUUUGUUUUUUAUUACGUUAUUUAUUCGGUUUACGUAAUUUGCAGCUUACUGGACUGGGGCAAUGAAAAAUUGUACCGAACACAAAAACAAGUGGAAAAGAAUCCCUAUGAUUUGGAAGCGUGGUCCGUUCUAUUAAGAGAAGCUCAGAGCAAGCACAUAUCUGAAGUGAGAGCUUUGUAUGAGCAUUUGAUAACAAUAUUUCCCAGUGCUUCCCGUUACUGGAAGAUUUACAUUGAACAUGAGAUCAAGUCCAGAAAUUUUGAAAGAGUGGAAAAGCUAUUUCAAAGAUGUCUAAUGAAGAUUUUAAAUAUUGAACUGUGGAAGUUAUAUCUUGCCUAUGUAAAAGAAACAAAGGCAUCACUGCCGACCUACAAAGAGAAAAUGGCUCAGGCAUAUGAUUUUGCCUUGGACAAAAUCGGCAUGGAUAUCCACUCCUAUGCAAUCUGGAAUGAUUAUGUAAAUUUCUUAAAAGGUGUAGAGGCUGUGGGUUCGUAUGCUGAAAAUCAAAAAAUAUCUGCUGUCCGGAAAGUGUAUCAGAAAGGGAUUAUAAAUCCUAUGACGGGAAUGGAAACGUUUUGGAAAGACUACAUUGCUUUCGAGCAGGCCAUUAAUCCAAUAAUCGCGGAAAAAAUGAGCAUCGAGCGGAGUAGAGAUUACAUGAACGCCCGUCGAGUCGCCAAAGAACUCGAGGUUCAGAUCAGGGGGAUUAAUAGAAAUGCGCCUAGUGUACCUCCGAAUGGCACAUCGGAAGAAAAGAAACAGGUGGAACUUUGGCAAAAGUACAUAGCUUGGGAAAAAAGUAACCCCCUGCGGACAGAGGAUACAGCGCUGCACACUAAAAGGGUUAUUUUCGCCCUCGAGCAAUGUCUAUUAUGUUUGGGCCAUCACCCGGACAUCUGGUAUCAGGCCGCUCAAUUUCUGGAGUACAGCAGCAAAAUUCUCACCGAAAAAGGGGACGUCAACGCUUCGAAGCUAUUCAGCGAGGAAGCGGCUAACGUUUUCGAAAGGGCCACUAGUUCUUUGCUCAGCAAAAACAUGCUUCUUUACUUUGCGUAUGCAGAUUACGAAGAGGGCCGUCUCAAAUAUGAGAAGGUCCAUCAGAUAUACUCGAAAUAUUUGGAAAUCGAUGACAUAGAUCCGACAUUGGCGUACAUUCAGUACAUGAAGUUCUCGAGGAGGGCGGAGGGGAUCAAGUCGGCCCGAGCGGUUUUCAAAAAAGCGCGCGAAGACGCGCGCAGCAAGUACCACAUAUUCGUGUGCGCCGCCCUCAUGGAGUAUUAUUGCAGCAAGGACAAGAAUAUCGCGUUCAGGAUUUUCGAGCUCGGGCUGAAAAAGUUCGGCGACAUCCCCGAGUACAUUACCUGCUAUAUCGACUACCUGUCUCAUUUAAACGAAGACAACAACACGAGGGUGUUGUUCGAAAGGGUUCUGUCGUCGGGCAGCUUGGAGAAAGAGAAAUCGGUGGACAUCUGGAACCGGUUCCUGGAGUUUGAGUGCAAUAUAGGGGACUUGCAGUCCAUUGUUAAGGUGGAACGUAGACGGGCCGAGGUCUUGUCCAACAUAAAGGAGUUUGAGGGAAAGGAGACCGCCCAGUUGGUCGACAGAUACCGAUUCUUAGACCUGUUUCCGUGCACUUCCCAGGAGUUGAAAACCAUCGGUUACACCGAGGUUAUCAACAUAACGGGUGCGGCCGGCAAAAAUCACAUCCUCCAGUCCAUAAUCAACAGUAAUCUCGAAGCGCCUCUGCCCGUACCUGAUUACUCGCAAAUGAUACCAUAUAAACCGAAGGCUAACCCAUUACCCGGUGAACACCCGGUGCCAGGUGGGUCGUUCCCUAUGCCACCAGCGGCCGCCCAUUUGUGUACGCUGUUACCCCCUCCCCAUUGCUUUCGAGGUCCGUUCGUUCAUAUCGAUAUUCUGAUGGAUAUCUUCGUCAGAGUACAGCUGCCGUCUGCCAUCGCGCCUCCUUCCGGCAACGGUGACGUCAGAUUGUUCGAUAUCGCCAAGUCGGUCCAUUGGAUUAUCGAAGAGAACGGCGGUAUCGGGAUUAAGAAGAGGAAGAGGAUGGGGCUGCCGAUGGACGGGUCCGACGACGAGGACAUGCACAUGCCUCCAAUGAACGAUAUUUAUAGGCAGAGACAACAAAAGAAGGUCAAAAGUUAAAUAUUUACAUCCCUAUUUUUUCUACAUGUUUUAGUGCAUAGGAUUUUUCUUUUGUGAAUGUGUUUAAAAUUCAACCCCGAAUUGUCGCCCCUCUCCUGCGUUUUACGUUUAAACCUCCGCCAACGAACUUGGCCCAGGUCGUCUGUCAAAACAGCUGAAUCGAGAAUAGUUGUCAGGUUGACAACUUUUGCUUGGGGGUGUGGUCUCAUUAUUUUUUUGUAUAUAGUUAUAAAAUA